AGAUUGUUCGUCCUGAAGGUGCGUUAUGGCGUGAAUUUCGUUCCAGCUGCAAGGGUAAAGGUGGGCUUAUUCCGAUCCAGCCACAUUGCACCACAAUGCGGUCGUUGCUCAUCGUUACCCUGUGGUUUGGUUUCCUCGGUGCAGCUCGAAGUCAGAGUUUGCUUGUGGAGGCAGGCAAAGAGACGGACGUUCGAAUCAUCAAGCCUUCGGCUAAGCUCAAGAGCUGGUUCUCGGAGGACACCCAAUGUACUAGCAAUCAAGCCUGCCCAUCGGGAGCUUACUGCAAUGCUCAGUACAGGAAAUGUAUGCCUUGCUCAACCUGCCAACAGAACUCAGAUUCUAUUGAUGGAAGAUGCCCUCAAGACAAGUGCUCUGCAGUCAGCACGAGUCAGAACGACAACCUGCCUCCAGAGCUCGUAUGGCUCUUCAUCUAUCCCAACAGCAUCACCAUUACCUCGGGGAAAGUAUUCGUAAGUGCUUAUAUGUACACCC